AUAACAUAACCUAACCUUUAAACUCGUGAAGAAUUAAAAUUAUUACGUUUGUUGUAUUUUUAGCGUUUUUAUUUGUACUAUUUCUUAGUUUCUUAAAGGAAUAACUGCUCCUAAUAAUAAUUAAUAUGACAAUGAACGACGAUGUCAACAGCAAACUGGAUUGGAUGUACAAGGGUGCUAAUAGCCUGGUUAACCGUGAGGAAUAUCUGCUGGGCAAGUCAGUGGAUAAAUCACUUGAACAGUUAAAUGCAGAAGAAAAGGAGAAGAAGCUGGGGAUAGUCCCACCCAAGAAUCAUGUCGAACAUGAAUGUAUACCACCGUCGAUAAGAGACUUUAAUAAAAUCGUGCAGGCAGAACAGGUAGAUAUAAGCGCAAAACUUCAAGAGGAUCCUUUAGUGGCUAUCAAAAAGAGGGAAGAAGAAGCACGUCGGCAAUUCUUACAAAAUCCUGUGCAGUUAAAAAAACUACAAGAAGCGCUGAAAGCUCAAGAGUUAAAGAAGAAAAAAGGUAAGCACAAGAAGUCAAAGGACAGUUCCGACAGUGAUAUAGACAGUAAGAUUGCAAAAAAAUUGAAAUAUCUGAGAGCCGACCCAUCGAGCAUACCCGUCUUGAAGAAAAAGAAGAAAAAGUCGAAGGACAAUGCGUUGGACACUAUUUUGAUGCACAAAUUUAACGAACUUAAAGACCGAUUGUCUCAAGAGGAUUUAAACGAUAUUUUAGAGGGAAACGUCAGUGACAGCGAUGAUGAUGAGAGAGAUAGAAAAGAAAAUAAAAGCAGAAGACAACGGAGAAGCUCCAGCAGGGAGAGAUAUGUGAAAAAAAGUUCAAGGAAGAGAAAGGAAAGCAGCGAUACUAGUAGUGACGGUGAAAAGCCUCGUCAAAGUCGUAAAGAGCGAAUUAGUAGCGAAAGUUAUAAUCGAGAUAAACGUGGGGAUAGAAAAACUACAAACGAAGCAUAUUAUAAAAGCAAACGAAGGAAACAAACACGUAGUAGUGAAGAUACUUCAGAAGAUGAAGAUAGGGAAAGAGAAAGUAGAUAUAAUAAGAAAAAAAUAUCUGAUAGGACGAAUCGUGGUGAUGCACGUUUUACGAAAAGUAACUUAAGGGAGGAUGAGGCAAACAAGGAGGGAAAGAAGGUAGUCGCAGAUAGCGACCUGGAGAAUAAAAUACUGGAGAAGUUGCGGAUACUAAGGGAAUCGUCGAAAUCGAAAAGAAUGCCGAGUAGCAGUGACAGUAGUGACGGUAACAGUAGUGAAAGAACCGAUUCGCGAAAUCAUCGAAAUGACAGUGAUAGUGACGAAAGAGUGCCUGAACCGAGGACUUUCGGCCUAGUUAAAGCCGACGGUACCAAAAUCGCUCUAAACAAAAAAACGCAGGAAGUAAAGAAGAGCGACCAGUUGCACAAAGCGGAAACUGUAGCAAAACCGGAGAGGAAGAAGGUAAAGAAACUUACGGAAGAGGAGAAAGAGAAAAUCCGUAAGGAAAUGAUGAAGAAUGCGGAAAAAAGGGACAAGGAAAGGAGUGAGAACUUGAGGAAAUAUAGGGAAGAGGAUAAACGGGAGGAGAAGAGCGCCGCUGAUUUCGACAAAGAGUUCAUGCAUAAGCAACUGGUGCGGUCGACGAAGGAAGCUACGGUUGAAUCGAGGAUUAAAUCAAAUCUGAAUAAUAUACAGAGAUCGUCUCGGCAUAUGGACACCCACUUUUCUAGAAGAUAAAGAUUUUUUUGCUCUUGAAAUGUAAAUAACAUGUAGAUAUUAGUUAUUUUUUAAAUUUUAAUAGUAUAUCAGUUUUAUAGAAUUUAACAUUCUCAGUUAAAUCACAAAACAUCGUUUAUUUCCUUGAAUUAAUUGAUUUUUAUCAACAAAAAUAUAAGUUAGGAAUAUUGUAUUUUGGGUGUAUGCUUGAUUUAGGUUUAUGUAAAAGUAUUUUUUCCCUUCAACCUUGUAA